AUGACGAUCGGUCAUACAAAAUUCAUCGACAGCGUUAAUUAUAUGCCGAUGCGAUUAUCUGAUCUACCUAAAGCUUUCGGGCUAAGGGAUACGGCAGAUAAAGACAUUUUUCCGCAUUUAUUUAACACUGUGGAGAAUCAAUCGUAUGUCGGUCCAUUACCCGAGGCUCGAUUUUAUUCUCCCGAUCAAAUGAAACCUGAUGAGCGCGAGCGAUUUCUUGCAUGGCAUACGGAAAUGACAAAUAAAAAUGUCAUCUUCGAUUUCCAGCGCGAGAUCGUACGUUAUUGUCGAAAUGACGUAGAUAUUUUACGACGUGCUUGUGUAGCUUUCCAAAAAAUAUUUUUAGAGCGCGGCGGUGUGUGUCCUUUCGAAGAAUGCACGACUAUCGCUUCCACGUGUAUGAAAGUUUUUCGAAAAAACUUUUUUCGCGAGGGGGAAAUAGGAAUCAUCCCGCCGGGCGGAUACAGAAACGCCGAUAGACAAUCGCGCAAAGCUUUACAAUGGUUAGUGUGGAAGGAGCGUGAGCUCGAUCAUCCCAUAAACCAUGCCGGGCGAGGUCGCGAGCGUUUAAUCGGCGGUAGCCACGUAGACGGAUAUUACGAGACAAAAUUGGGGACUGAAACUCAGCAUUUCGUUCUCCAAUUUCACGGGUGUUUCUGGCACGGUUGCCUUACUUGCUUCCAAGUGAAUCGUGACAGUAAGCUUUCAACUGCUAACCGCGACGAAACGCGUUACGAACGAACUAUCGCAACGACAUGGCGUCUUCGCCGGCAAGGAUAUCAGGUGAUUGAAAAAUGGGAGUGCGCUUUCGACCGAGAGAUGAGGGCAAAUAACGAGAUGCGUAAUUUUCUCGAACAUCACCCUAUACUAAAAUCUGCGCCUCUCGAUCCGCGUGACGCGUUUUUUGGUGGCCGCACGGAAAAUAUCGUAACUCGACUCGAAGCGGGGUACACGGAGAAAAUACGUUACGUGGACGUGUGUUCUCUGUAUCCUUACGUAUUAAAGACGGGCGUUUUUCCGAUCGGCCACCCUGAAAUCUAUAUCGGAGCGGAAUGCUCGUCGUUAAUCGGCGACGGACCAGGGUAUAAUUUCGACCCGGUCGAAGGUCUUGUAUGUUGUCGAGUACUCCCACCGCGCAAUCUCUUUCACCCGGUACUCCCGUAUCGUGUGCGCGGAAAAUUGCUGUUUGCGUUGUGCCGGAGUUGCUGCGAAAUGUUCUCGCAGUCCGCGUGCACUCACGAACAUCCUGACGAACGUGAAUUCGAGGGUACUUGGGUAUCAUGCGAAUUACGUAAAGCCAUCGAGAAAGGUUAUCUUGUGAGGCAAGUAAAUGAAAUUUGGCAAUACAAAGUUGCUCGCUACGAUCGCGAUACGCGGCAGAGCGGAUUGUUCACCGGAUAUAUAAAUUCCUUUUUGCAAUUAAAGCAGGAAGCUAGUGGAUGGCCGAGCAAAUGUGUAGAUGAAAAGAGUAAAGCACGAUACCUUCGUGAAUAUGAGGAAAUCGAAGGUAUUACACUCGAUAGAAACAACAUCUCACGUAAUCCUGGCUUGCGCUCGGUCGCGAAGCUCUGUUUAAAUUCCUUCUGGGGAAAAUUCGGCCAACGAUCGAAUCUUCCUAAUACCGAGAUCGUAGAAUCGCCUCAGCGUUUCGCAACUUUGCUCACUAGCCCUGAGCACGAAAUAACUGACAUAUUACCAGUCAACGACGAGGUAUUGUAUGUCUCGUGGCGACUGCGAGAAGAGGCAAUCGUAGCUUCUCCGAUUACCAACGUUGUGAUCGCGGCAUACACGACGGCACAAGCUAGUGGUGAUCCAAACGAGUACGAACCACGUACUGGGAAUUUUCUGGGCGACAUGACGGACGAACUCGAGAGCUACGGCAAUGGUAGCUACAUCGAGUCGUUUGUGUCGGGAGGCCCAAAAUUUUAUGCGUAUGUGAAAGAGAAAGGCAAGAGGAAGGAGAAGAUGAAGAAAACCGUGGAAGGGAACCCGUGA